AGCGGAUCCUCCCAAUAUCUACAGGCGAACAAGAGAAGAUCGACAGUAGCAGGGGGCUCGUAGUAUAAGAGGGAUCAAUGCUGACCCUGGCCUGAGUAUGUUAGAUCUAGGAUUUUUUUUUUGCUAAUACGUUGAUCAACCAGGCCUUUAAGCGCCAGGUCAUUGCAGGUUCAGGUCCAACUACCGAUCCUUGGUCUUCAAAUCCAGGUAAAAGCCCACUACAAUGGAUAGACAGCACCACUCCAGCUAUUGACAACGAAUAUAGAAUAUACUUCGGCUUGUGACCUCAUACAUUCUGAGGAUCCAUCAUGCGCCUUCCAUACGUUGCCAAUCCGCCAGAUGUGCGCGAUACCGAGGAAGCCGAGAUCCUAGCACAAACACAAGACCGGCGUGCCCCAGGGACUUUGCUACCUUUAGAUCUAGCACUGAUGCACUCAUUUCCCAUCACGGAUGGCUGGAACUCCUUCAUGGGCGUCAUCCGCACGAGAACGAGUCUCUCGACCAUUAUCCGCGAGAUGAUCAUGUGUCGCGUGGCUGUACUCAAUGAUGCAUUAUUCGAAUGGGAGCAGCAUGCUCCUCUGCUCCGUGCAGGAGGUUUCAGUGAGGAAGCCAUGGAGGCCAUUCGACACCCCGAGAUCUGUCCCGAAGUGCAGGAAAGGGUGCUAAGUCAGGCCGAGAGCGCAGUGCUGAAGUACACGGACGCUAUGACCAAGACGGUCAGGGUGCCGGAUGCAGUCUUUCAGGAGGUCAAGGAUCAUUUUGAUGAUAAGCAGGUGGUGGAGAUUACGGCGACGGUAGCUGCGUACAAUUGUGUUAGUCGGUUCUUGGUUGCUCUGGAUGUGGGAGAGAGAAAUCAUGGUAAAUGCUGGCAUAUUUGAAUUUAGGUUGAAACACAGUGUUUGUGCAUAUUCAGAGAGUUAAAAGCUAGUCCUUUUGAGUCAAUCAUAGGUGAAAGGUUGUUUCUCCUAACCAAAUAUUUGCAGCUGUUGUUCGAGGGUUUGUUUAUGAUGACAUACAAUCUGGAUAUAGUCGAUUAGCGAAGGAUGACCGCGAGGAACCCGGCUCCACAGAGCUACAAGGGGUUCAUCACUCGGACAUCAUUUUCCUUCGGUGGAGGGAGUAUAAAAAGUGCGCUCACCAUGGGUUCAUUCCGGGACAUUCCACAGGCCAAGGGGCCAGUCGGCACAAACCAUAAGAUUUUUCGCCGUCAAUCAGGCCAUUG